CCCGGACGGAAUUCGUUAUAUCCACUCGCCACUGCUAAACGUGACAAACACGGCCGACAGGUUACUGUCCAAUUUUCUUCGGAUUAUCCAUUAUCCAUUCGAAGUCCAUUAUCCACUCCCUACGAACGAAGUGGAGCUGCAUACCUCACAAUGGCAUUGAAACUAAUUUCUUUGCCAUUUCAUACUGCCAUCACUACUGCCUCUCAAUCAAAGCUGGCGCAGUUCUCUGGCUCAAAGUCGGCGACUUUUGUUCAAACUUUUCCGAAACACGUCGAGGAAUCAGGUCGGAGAAGGCCGUAUUUAGCGUGCAUGAAAUCGGAGGAGGAUAACGUUUCAGAGGGGGAGAACCAAUGGGGAAAGGUCUCUGCCGUGCUGUUUGAUAUGGAUGGUGUGCUUUGCAAUAGCGAGGAGCUGUCUAGGAGGGCAGCUGUGGAUCUUUUCGCCGAAAUGGGGGUUCAGGCUACUCUUGAAGAUUUUGCACCCUUUACGGGCAUGGGGGAAGUGAACUUCUUAGGUGGUGUUGCUAAUGCAAAAGGUGUUAAGGGAUUCAAUCCCGAUGCAUCAAAGAAGAGGUUUUUUGAGAUAUAUUUAGAGAAGUAUGCAAAACCAAAUUCUGGCAUAGAUUUUCCCGGCGCCUUUGAGCUUGUCACACAGUGUAAAAGCAAAGGUCUCAAAGUUGCUGUUGCCUCAAGUGCCGAUCGCAUCAAGGUUGAUGCAAACUUAACAGCUGCUGGUUUGUCAUUAUUGAUGUUUGAUGCUAUUGUCUCUGCAGAUGCAUUUGAAAAUUUGAAGCCUGCUCCAGAUAUUUUUUUGGCUGCAUCAAAGAUUUUGAAUGUGCCCCCUUGUGAGUGUGUUGUGAUUGAAGAUGCAAUAGCUGGCAUACAAGCUGCCAAAGCAGCAAAAAUGAGAUGCAUAGCUGUGACCACAACAAUAGCAGAAGAUACUAUAGAAGCAGCAGCUCCGACUCUUAUCAGAAAGGAGAUAGGCAAUAUUUCAACUGAUGAUAUUCUCAGUGGUGGAUCUGAUUCGCAUAAGGUGAAGAUGCAGGCAUCUCAAUCUUUCAGUUAUUAUGCACCAUCUUCAAUUGAACCCAACAUUAAAGAGAUUACAUCUGUGCAGGAUAAAUACCCCACCAUUGAUCCAAUCUCCUGGUUUGGAGGUAUAUCUGUUGGCUCUUGAAGACACUUGAUUGGUCAAUGAAGACUGUCAAGACUAGUGAGCAAUUUUAACAUGUAUCACCUAUUCAACUUCUAGAUUAGCACAAGUAUGAUUUCAGUUUAAUGUUGACAUGAGGCUGCAUUACUGUAUGGCGUAGAGUGUUGGGCGGUGAAACAAUGUCACAUUCAAAAGAUGAGUGUGGCAGAGAUGCGCAUGCUGCGUUGGAUGUGUGGGCAUACUAGGAAGGACCGUGUGAGGAAUGAGACAAUCAGACAAAGGGCGGGAGUAGCACCUAUUGAAGACAAGAUGCGGGAGUCGCGCCUACGGUGGUUUGGUCAUGUGCGUAGAAGACCGAGUGAUGCACCUGUCAGACGAGUUGAGAUGUGUGGAGAAGAGGCAGGGAAGAGAGGGAGAGGAAGACCCAAACAGACGUGGGUUAGGGGAGUUUGAAGUGAUAUGCUUCUUCUGGGGUUUGAUGAGGGCAUGACUUUGGAGAGAACUAAGUGGAGGGCAGGGUGCACGUGUCCCGACACAAUGUUUUGAGAUAUACAAGUUUGGGCAUUUCUGUUUCCUGUCUUGUAUUCACCAUCACAAAUUGGAAGGCAAUGCAGUAUACGUCUCCAAAAGCUAUUUGGAACUUUUUAUUUGGAGUCAGCAGCCCUCCUUUUGGACAAAGUGAAGACUCAUCUCGCACACAGAGAAUUGAACAGCUCAUAAACUAUAUUUCUGAUGUAGAGGCCAGGAAAAAUACAACUACUGUGCCAGAGUUCCCAGCUAAAUUAGAUUGGCUUAAUACUGCCCCUCUUCAGCUCAGCCGGGAUUUGAGAGGCAAGGUCGUUCUUCUGGACUUUUGGACAUACUGCUGUAUUAAUUGUAUGCAUGUGCUGCCAGAUCUGAAAUUUCUGGAGAAAAAGUAUAAAGAAAUGCCUUUUGUUGUCGUGGGUGUGCAUUCAGCAAAGUUUGACAAUGAGAAAGACCUAGAAGCUAUUCGCAAUGCAGUGUUGCGCUAUGAAGUCACUCACCCAGUUGUUAAUGAUGGAGAGAUGAAUUUAUGGAGAGAGUUAGGUAUAAAUUCCUGGCCCACCUUUGCUGUUGUUGGGCCAAAUGGAAAGCUUCUUGCACAAAUUGCUGGUGAGGGUCAUAGAAAGGAUCUUGAUGACUUAGUUGAGGCGGCACUUCUUUUCUAUGGUAGAAAAAAACUAUUGGAUAGUAGUCCCAUUCCUUUGAAAUUGGAGAGAAACAAUGAUCCCUACUUGUUAGCAUCCCCUUUGAAAUUUCCGGGUAAACUGGCAGUUGAUGUUCUCAACAACCGUCUGUUCAUUUCCGACAGCAACCACAACAGAAUUGUAGUUACUGACCUUGAAGGGAGCUAUAUUGUUCAAGUUGGUAGCACAGGGGAGGAAGGUCUUCAUGAUGGUAAUUUUGAUGAGGCGACUUUCAAUCGACCACAGGGUCUAUCUUACAAUGCAAAGAAAAACCUUCUUUAUGUGGCAGAUACAGAGAACCAUGCUUUGAGAGUCAUUGAUUUCGUAAGUGAGUCAGUAAGGACCAUUGCCGGGAAUGGAACAAAAGGUUCUGAUUAUGAAGGGGGACAAACAGGAACUACUCAGGCUCUCAAUUCUCCAUGGGAUAUCUGUUUUGAUCCUGAGAAUGAGAUUGUAUACAUUGCAAUGGCCGGUCAACAUCAGAUCUGGAAGCAUUAUACAUUAGAAGGCGUAACAAAAGCUUUCAGUGGUGAUGGUUAUGAGAGGAACUUAAAUGGGUCAAGCUCCAGGAGCACAUCAUACGCACAACCUUCUGGGGUUUCACUAUCACCUGACCGAAAGGAGGCAUAUAUUGCUGAUAGUGAGAGUAGCUCCAUUCGAGCCGUUGAUCUAAGGACAGGAGGUUCAAAAUUGCUUGCUGGUGGUGACCCAAAUUUCUCAGAUAAUUUGUUCCGGUUUGGAGACCUUGAUGGAAUAGGUUCUGGAGCACUUCUUCAACACCCAUUAGGCGUUUUAUGUGGUCGAGAUGGUCAAGUUUAUAUAGCAGAUUCUUACAAUCACAAGAUUAAGAAGCUAGAUCCCGUUAGUAGAGCGGUGAGCACAUUAGCUGGCACUGGUCAUGCUGGCUUCAAGGACGGGGCAUCUUCAAGAUCUCAGCUCUCUGAACCAGCAGGAAUUGCUCAAGCAGAAAAUGGAAGAUUAUUCAUAGCAGAUACAAACAACAACCUUAUCAGAUAUUUAGACCUGAUCGUUGGAAAAGCUGAACUUCACACGCUACCAUUAAAGGGAGUUCCGCCUCCUGCAGCUAAAUCCCCAUCUUUGAAACGGCUUAGGAGAAGACGAGUGGACACACAGACCAUUGUUGUUAAUGGUAGUUCAUCAAAAGAAGCUCUGUUACAUCUCCAAAUAUCUGUGCCUGAAGGUUACCACUUCUCAAAGGAAGCACAAAGUAAAUUUAGCGUUGACAUGGAACCAGAGGAUGCAGCUCAGAUUUAUCCUAUGGAUGGAAGUCUCAGCACAGAAGGUUCUGCUGUUUUACAAGUCAGAAGGUCAUUGGCUUCACCUUCCACGGCAAGAAUUCAUUGCAAGGUUUACUACUGUAAAGAAGAUGAGGUUUGCUUAUAUCAGUCUCUGACCUUUGAAGUACAAUUUCAAGAGUUGAAUCCUGAUUUCUCUCCUGCCGAGAUCUCAGUUCCAUAUUUUGUAAAGCCAAAGGUAUUCUCUAAGGGUAGCUUCCCGUCUUAAGUACUUACUCAUUGAUCAAGAAGCACGUGAGUUACACAUCUUCUUUUUGUUGAUGUAAUAGUACUGAACAAAUGUUAUGUGCAUGCCGCAGACCUUAAAAUCAUAUGCAUUAGUAUAUAGACCCGGUCCUAAGCAUGUUCUUGAUGUGCAUGAUAGUUUGACUAUAAUGAGACAUUACCAUAUAUUGAAGUAAAUUCUAAUAGACCCGG